UGUGUACUUGCGUAAGUGUAUGAAUUAUGUUUAAAAUAAAAGUAACAAAUCAAAAUGUCGAUAGAAAGGCAGUGCCAGCAACACAUUUUGUUAGUGUAAAAAUACCCAAAAUAUUUUCAUGACAGACUUGAACUGAUUCUCUCCUGCCUCCCCAAAGGUAUGUCUACUUCAACUUCUUCUCUGAAAGGCUCAACAGGUAAGAUCAAGUUCUGUUAAUCUAUUACAGCCUAAUGACGCUAUAAUGUGACAUGGAACAUGAAAGUCACAAUAUUGUCUGAUUCAUAUUAACAGGGUUUGGUUUGAGGCUUGAAUUUAAGGGGAACGUUAUUUUAUGGUUUCAUUGUUUCCAACAGAGAUAUCCCAAUUGAUGAGGACCAGAAGAGUACCAGGUUAGUUGAGAUAAACUGAGAAAUUCCCCCAACAAGUCAUGGUACUUGGUACUUUAAAGGUAGGAUGGUACUUUUAAAGUUAGGAUGUUAGGAUUUUGGUAGUUUUGUUCUGUCACAAUAUAAUCCAUAAAAUUGCGGUAAACAGCUCCACACUCAGGCAGAAAACAACUUAAUUAUAUCUCUAUUUGAGCAAAAUAAGUUGUUUUGUUUUGAUCACAAGAAAAUCCUAACAGUUCAGUUAAAGAGCGCCAUAGACAGGCAGAAAAAUCGGAAUGUUCUAUCAUGAAGUGAGAACAAUUAGUUUCCUUGGCUGAUAUGGCUGCCAGGGCGUUCAGAGUUUCAUAACAUUCAUAACGAGGCUCAGUCCUGAAGACCAAGAGCUGAGGGGUUUGUGGGCCCAAGGAAAAAAAGGGCCUUUUCUAAAAUCAUUUCCUGCAAUUCUACGUCAUUUUACAUAACCGGAGACAUUAAAAUCAUAUUUUUUCAUAUCACACAAAUGAUCAAAAUAACAAGCUACUCUGACAAUUACAUACUGAGAUCAAUAAAACGAACGACACAUGUCUUAAAUGCAACAAAUAGCAUAGGCCAAUGAAAAGAGUGGGUACACAGAUCUUAGGCCUACAAUAUGAAGAGGAAAUUAUAGUCCACCAACUUUCCAGUGGCACUCACCUAUUCACACAGAUUUUUCUCGCAAUUGUAUUUUGAAAUAUUGCCCAAAUACCUUCUAGCUGCUGCCUGCUGUUCAUUGACAGCCACAACUCAACAAUCAGCUGUUUUAUAUUUGCCGCAUGGGCUGCAUUGACUGCUACUUAGAAAUACUAUAACAGUAAAUUAAUAAAUGACAUUCACUGAUAUAAAUCUGUCUCCAAAAUAAUUGCAUAGUUUUCACAGACCCACAUCUCUGUGUGAAAAGUUGUCCUAUGGUCUGUUUUGUCAACAAACUCAGACAAAAUUCAAAGAAGUUAAAGAUGAAAUUGACUGCAAUACACUGGAAUCACCGACAACGAUGAGACAGCCUAUAGGGAGGAGGUCAGAGAUCUGGCCCCCUCAGGAGACUAAAAAGAUUUGGCAUGGGUCCUCAGAUCCUCAAAAAAUUAUACAGCUGCACCAUCGAGAGCAUCCUGACUGGUUGCAUCACCGCCUGGUAUGGCAACUGCUUGGCCUCCGACCGCAAGGCACUACAGAGGGUAGUGCGUACGGCCCAGUACAUCACUGGGGCAAAGCUUCCUGCCAUCCAGGACCUCUAUACCAGGCGGUGUCAGAGGAAGGCCCUCAAAAUUGUCAAAGACUCCAGCCACCCUAGUCAUAGACUGUUCUCUCUGCUACCGCACGGCAAGCGGUACCGGAGUGCCAAGUCUAGGUCCAAAAGACUUCUCAACAGCUUCUACCCCCAAGCCAUAAGACUCCUGAACAGCUAAUCAUGGCUACCCAGACUAUUUGCACUGCCCCCCCACCCCAUCCUUUUUACGCUGCUGCUACUCUGUUAAGUAUUUAUGCAUAGUCACUUUAACUCUACCCACAUGUACAUAUUACCUCAACUACCUCAACUAGCCGGUACCCCCGCAUAUUGACUCUGCAACGGUACCCCCCUGUAUAUAUAGCCAUCCCUACUGUCACUUUAUUUUACUUCUGCUCUUUUUUUUCUCAACACUUUUUUUGUUGUUGUUUUAUUUGUACUUUUUUUGUUUAAAAUAAAUGCACUGUUGGUUAAGGGCUGUAAGUAAGCAUUUCACUGUAAUGUCUGCACCUGUUGUAUUCGGCGCAUGUGACCAAUAAAAUUUGAUUUGAUUUGAUUUGAUUUGAUUUGAUUUGAAAAGUAUAGGCUUUUAAAAGUAAAUACUUUAAAGUACUACUUAACUAGUUUUUUGGGGUAUCUGUACUUUACUAUUUAUAUUUUGGACAACUUUUACUUUUACUUCACUACAUUCCUAAAGAAAAUAAUGUACUUUUUACUCCAUAAAUUUUCCCUGACACACAAAAGUGUUAGUUAAAUUUUUUAUGCUUAACAGGACAGGAAAAUUGUCCAAUUCAUGCACUUAUCAAGAGAACAUCCAUGGUUAUCUCUACUGCCUCUGAUCUGGAGGACUUACUAAACUCCUGCUCGUCGAACAUCUCUUUUCAAAAUAAUGGGCAUUAAUAUGGAGUUGGUCGCCCCUUUGCUGCUAUAACAGCCUCCACUCUUCUGGGAAGGCUUUACCCUAGAUGUUGGAACAUUGCUGCGGGGACUUGCUUCCAUUCAGCCACAAGAGCAUUAGGGAGGUUGGGCACUGAUGUUGGGCGAUUAGGCCUGGCUCGCAGUUGGCAUUCCAAUUCAUCCCAAAGGUGUUUGAUGGGGUUGAGGUCAGGGCUCUGUGCAGGCCAGUCAAGUUCUUCCACACCGAUCUCGACAAACCAUAUCUGUAUGGACCUCGCUUUGUACACGGGGGCAUUGUCAUGCUGAAACAGGCCUUCCCCAAAUUGUUGCUACAAAGUUGGAAGCACAGAAUCGUCUAGAAUGUCAUCUACCAAACCCAGAUUCGUCCGUCGGACUGCUAGAUGGUGAAGCGUGAUUCAUCACUCCAGAGAACGCUUUUUCCAAUACUCCAGUCCAAUGGUGGCAAGUUUUACACCACUCCAGCCGAUGCUGCUCGGCCAUGGAAACCCAUUUCAUGAAGCUCCCGAGGAACAGGUCUUGUGCUGACGUUGAUCCCAGAGGCAGUUUGGAACUCAAUAGUGAGUGUUGCAACCGAGGACAGUCGAUUUUUACGCGCUUCAGCACUCAGCGGUCCUGUUCUGUGAGCUUGUGUGGCCUACCAUUUUGCAGCUGAGCCGUCGUUGCUCCUAGACUUUUCCACUUCACAAUAACAGCACUUACAAUUGACCGGGCAGCUCUAGCCGGGCAGACAUUUUACGAACUGACUUGUUGGAAAGGUGGCAUCCUAUGAUGGUGCCACGUUGCAAUUCACUGAGCUCUUCAGUAAGGCCAUUCUACUGCCAAUGUUUGUCUUUGGAGAUUGCAUGGCUGUGUACUCGAUUUUAUACACCUGUCAGCAACGGGUGUGGCUGAAAUAGCUGAAUCCACUCAUUUGAAGGGGUGUCCACAUACUUUAGUGUACUGCAGCAGGUAACUUCGAUUGUAAACUAUAUCAAAUCACAUCCACUGCGCGCACGCCUGUUCGCAAAACUAUGUGGAGAUAUGGGAUCAGAGCAUGACAAUGUUCUAUUUCACAUUGAGACUUGAUGCUUAUCGAGGGGGAGUGUUGGAAAGAUGUUUCACAUUGAGAAAGGAACUGUUGUCAUUCACAAUGGACUUGAUUGACUUUGUUUAAUAAAAAGAAAAUGUGUCUCCUUGCCUAUGUAUCAGAUAUAUUUGGGAAACUGAACAAACUGAAAUCAAGCAUGCAGGGGAAAAACAAAAAAACGUUCUACAGAUGAGUGACCGAAUCAACAGGAGACAGGAGAUAAGGCUGUGAGACAUAGGUUGAAUCCUAGACACAUGAAAAGUGGGAUGUAUACGGAGGGUACGGGGCAACAGAAGAUUCCUUUCCCAUCGUCUCAAUCCGCUGUCUUCAACCAGGAUCUCAGCGAUCACUGCCUUAUUGCCUGCGUCCGUAACGGGUCCGCGGUCAAACGACCACCCUUCAUCACUGUCAAACGCUCCCAAAAACACUUCAGCGAGCAGGCCUUCCUAAUUGACCUGGCCCAGGUAUCCUGGAUGGAUAUAGAUCUCAUUCCGUCAGUAGAGGAUGCCUGGUUGUUCUUUAAAAGUAAUUUCCUCUCAAUCUUAAAUAGACAUGCCCCAUUCAAAAAAUACAGAACUAAGAACCGAUAUAGCCCCUGGUUCUCCUCAGACUUGACUGCCCUUGACCAGCACAAAAACAUCCUGUGGCGUACUGCAUUAGCAUCAAAUAGCCCCCGCGAUAUGCAACUUUUCAGGGAAGUUAGGAACCAAUAUACACAAGCAGUUAGGAAAGCAAAGGCUAACUUUUUCAAACAGAAAUUUGCAUCCUGUAGCACUAACUCCAAAAAGUUUUGGGACACUGUAAAGUCCAUGGAAAAUAAGAGCACUUCCUCCCAGCUGCCCACUGCACUGAGGCUAGGAAACACUAUCACCACCGAUAAAUCUACAAUAAUCGAGAAUUUCAACAAGCAUUUUGCUACGGCUGGCCAUGCUUUCCACCUGGCUACCUCUACCCCGGCCACCAGCUCUGCACCCUCCGCUGCAACUUGCCCAUGCCCCCCCCGCUUCUACUUCACACAAAUCCAGACAGCUGAUGUUCUAAAAGAGCUGCAAAAUCUGGACCCCUACAAAUCAUCUGGGCUAGACAAUCUGGACCCUUUCUUUCUAAAACUAGCCGCUGAAAUUGUCGCAACCCCUAUUACUAGCCUGUUCAACCUCUCUUUCGUAACGUCUGAUAUCCCCAGAGAUUGGAAAGCUGCCGCGGUCAUCCCCCUUUUCAAAGGGGGUGACACUCUAGAUCCAAACUGUUACAGACCCAUAUCCAUCCUGCCCUGCCUUUCAAAAGUUUUUGAAAGCCAAGUCAACAAACAGAUCACCGACCAUUUCGAAUCCCACCGUACCUUCUCCUCUAUGUAAUCCGGUUUCCGAGCUGGUCAUGGGUGCACUUCAGCCACGCUCAAGGUCCUAAACGAUAUUAUAACCGCGAUCGAUAAUAGACAGUACUGUGCAGCCGUUUUCAUUGACCUGGCCAAGGCUUUCGACUCUGUCAACCACCGCAUUCUUAUUGGCAGACUAAAUAGCCUUGGUUUCUCAAAUGACUGCCUCGCCUGGUUCACCAACUACUUCUCAGAUAGAGUUCAAUGUGUCAAAUCGGAGGGCUUGUUGUCUGGACCUAUGACAGUCUCUAUGGGGGUGCCACAGGGUUCAAUUCUUGGGCCGACUCUUUUCUCAUUGUAUAUCAAUGACGUCGCUCUUGCUGCUGGUGACUCUCAGAUCCACCUCUACGCAGACGACACCAUUUUGUAUACAUCUGGCCCUUCAUUGGACACUGUGUUAACAAACCUCCAAACAAGCUUCAAUUCCAUACAACACUCCUUCAGUAGCCUCCAACUGCUCUUAAACACUAGUAAAACUAAAUGCAUGCUCUUCAACCGAACGCUGCUUGCAUCCGCCCACCCGACUAGAAUCACUACUCUCGAAGGGUCUGACCUAGAAUAUGUGGACAACUACAAAUAUCUAGGUGUCUGGUUAGACUGUAAACUCUCCUUCCAGACUCACAUUAAGAAUCUCCAAUCCAAAGUUAAGUCUAGAAUCGGUUUCCUAUUUCGCAACAAAGCCUCCUUCACUCAUGCUGCCAAACAUGCCCUCGUAAAACUGACUAUCCUACCGAUCCUUGACUUCGGCGAUGUCAUUUACAAAAUUGCCUCCAACACUCUACUCAGCAAAUUGGAUGUAGUCUAUCACAGUGCCAUCCGUUUUGUCUCCAAAGCCCCAUAUACUACCCACCACUGUGACCUGUACGCUCUUGUUGGCUGGUCCUCACUACAUAUUCGUCGCCAAACCCACUGGCUCCAGGCCAUCUAUAAAUCACUGCUAGGCAAAUCCCCGCCUUAUCUUAGCUCAUUGGUCACCAUAGCAACACCCACCCGUUGUCUGCGCUCCAGCGGGUAUAUCUCACUGGUCAUCCCCAAAGCCAACACCUCCUUUGGCCGCAAUUCCUUCCAGUUCUCUGCUGCAAAUGACUGGAACAAAUUGCAAAAAUCUCUGAAGCUGGAGACGCUUAUCUCCCUCACUAACUUUAAGCAUCAGUUGUCAGAGCACCUUACCGAUCACUGCACCUGUACACAGCCCAUCUGAAAUUAGCCCGCCCAACUACCUCAUUCCUAUAUUGUUAUUUAUUUUGCUCAUUUGUACCCCAGUAUCUCUAUUUGCACAUCAUCUCUUGCACAUCUAUCAGUCCAGUGUUAAUAAUAAUUGUAAUUUUUUUUUUUUGCACUAUAGCCUAUUUUAUUGCCUUACCUCCAUAACUUGCUAAAUUUGCACACACUGUAUAUUAUAUGUAUUUCUGUUGUAUUUUUUUGACUUUGUUUGUUUUGCCCACGGAAAGGAAUUACGACAUGGGUAACCGGGAACUACUUGUGGUGAAGAUAGCAUUGGAGGAGUGGAGGCACUGGUUAGAGGGGGCGAUAGAUAACCAUGUCCGUGAGGCACAGCAUUCCUGGGACGGAUCUGGAUGGAUUAGGAUGGGGGCGGUAGUGUAUUGGUGCUUGAGGUCUAAGAACGCCUGGUCUGCUGCUGGAGACCACGUAAACGGGAACUUGUGAGAGGUGAGCGCUGACAGGGGGGGCUGUAGCCCCGGAUGAACCGGCGGUAGAAAUAGGCGAACCCCAGGAGGCGUUGCAGCUGCACUCUGGAGCUGGGUUGCGGCCAAUCCACCACCGCUCUCACCUUUUCAGGAUCCAUUUGUAUGUUGCCUGCAGCUAUGACGUAUCCAAGGAAGGAGAUGGUGGAGCAAUGAAAUUCGCAUUUUCCCGCUUUGACGAACAGCUGGUUCUCCGGGAGAAGCUGGAGGACUUGUCUGACAUGGAGGACAUGUUCUUGAGCCGAGUGGGAAAACAUGAGGUUGUCAUCAAAGUAGACGAAUACGAACCGGUUCAAGAUGUCCCGGAGAAAGUUGUUUUUACCAGGGCCUGGAACACAGCAGGAGCGUUGGUCAGUCCGAACGGCAUCACCAGGUAUUCGUAGUGCCCACUACCCAUGUUAAAGGCGGUCUUCCACUCAUCCCCUUCCAGUAUCCGUACCAGAUGGUAGGCGUUCCGGAGGUCCAACUUGGAGAAGAUGGUAGCCUCCUGGAGAAGCUUGAAAGCCGAGGCGAUGAGUGGAAGCGGAUAACGGUUUUUAACCGUGAUGUCAUUCAGGCCCCGGUAGUCGAUACACGGACGCAGGGUUUUGCCAUUCUUCUCCACAAAGAAGAACCCUGCGCCGGCGGGGGAGGCAGAAGGACGGAUACCCCCUGCAGCCAGGGAGUCAUCAAUAUACGUCUCCAUCGCCUUGGUCUCUGGACCUGACAGGGAAUAAUGCCGCCCCCGAGGAGGUGUAGUGCCCGGGAGAAGGUCGAUGGCGCAGUCAUAGGGCCGAUGCGGAGGAAGCGAGGUGGCACGAGCCUUGCUGAAAACCUCCCGGAGGUCCUGGUACUCCGCAGGAAUGGCAGAGCAGUCCGGGGCUUUUCCCAAGCCCGCAGGUAGACGUCCCGGGUCAGGCAAUGCCGAUUUCAGGCAAUGUGCAUGGCAAAACGGGUACCAACCCAGGAUAGAACCAGUUGCCCAGUCGAUCAGAGGAUUGUGCCUCUGGAGCCAGGAAAACCCCAAAACCACGGGUGCAUGCGAGGAUUCAAUGGGCAGGUACUGUAUAGACGGUACUGUAUAGACUCACUGGGAUUACCUGACACUCUCAGGUUCAUGUGAAACGUAGUGUGGGUGACUCCGCCAAUAGAGCGUCCAUCCAACGCUCUGAUGUCCAUGGGAAUGGAGAGGGGUUGUGUGGGGAUUCCCAGCUCCGACACCAGGGUAGCGUCCAUAAAGCUCUCGUCGGCCCCAGAGUCAAUGAGAGAUUGGACCAGUCACCCCACAACAGGGUAGCAUGGAGAGGGGUAUGAGAAAUGGAAGAUGGGAAACUCCCCGUACGGCUCACCAGCGUACUAGUACCUACUUGAUGAGCCUGGUUUUUUAAUGGGCAGGUAGAUUAGAAAUGUCCCAUAGCUCCACAAAACAUACAGCUCUGGGUGUUUAGUCUGCGUAAGCGCUCAGCAGGAGACAAUCUAGCCCUGCCCAGUUGCAUGGGCUCCGGAGGAGACGACUCAACAGCCCUUGGUGACCUCCGAGAGAACUCGGGCGACAUCGGACCCGCUUGGAAAAGCACUUUUGGACCUACUUCCCAGUCUGUUUGAUAGUGAUCCUGGCUCAGUUAACGUGCCGGUAAGUGAAAUCGAACAGCUGUUCUAGCUGUCAUAUGACCGAAUGUUGCAGACAACGCAUUCACGGGUCACUAUGAAGGAGUUUUGGUUCCUGACUCAAAUGGAAUACCCUGCCGUCUUCUUCUGAGCAUUAAAACUCAUGGUACCCUUCGCCAGCUCUUAUCUGUGUGAAGCUGGAUUCAGUGCUCUCGUCUGCAUUAAAACCAAAUAUCGAUCCAGGUUGGAUGUGACAGCAGGAAUGAGGUGCGUACUGUUGACCACGCCCCCUGACUUUGAGAAGCUCCGACGUGACAUGCAUCAAGCACACAUUAGUCGUGGUGAGAUAAGAGACAUUAUGUCAGACUAAUUUGCAAUUGAGUGUCAUAGCUCCACAUUAAAAGUAUGUGAUGGUGAGUUGAGAAGAAAUAAUGUUAGAAUGUUUUUCAAUUGACUGCCAUAGUCCCAAAUAAAAAAGUAAAAAUUGGCAGUUAAUUACAUAAUUGUUUUCACAUGGGGUCGUGGGCCAAAAAGGUUUGGGAAUCCCUGCACUAAUAGCCACUAUCCCACUACUAUUUAUAAUACAGUCACUACUACACUAGCCUCAAAUUGUCUAUACUAGCCUCUAACAAUUUAAACUUCUAAACUCCUUCCGCUAACAUAAAAAUACUUCUGGACAGCUGAAGCGAGUCACACAAUUUUUCUUCAUGAAAAAGUACAGUUUCUAGUUUUUGUUUUAUUUUUUCUAUGUUCUUCUAUUCAUACAGCCUGAGUAAGCCCAUGUUCAGGAGCAGACAACGGAACAUGGUCUCUCCUGAAAAGUGUGUAUCUGUAUUUUACUCUACCAUCAUUCACCAUAGCAGUAUGGUAUCAUGCUAUCACAUCAAUCCUAACAAAAAUCUUCUGAAAAAGCACUGACAAUCAAUCAAAAUAGUGGUUAUUUUAUGUCAUAGCAUUGUACAUCAGCGUCAUCUUUUAUUGCCUUGCAUGAAUUGUUGAUGGGAUACUGUAUGUGUUUAGUUUAUAGCAUGGUGGUUGGGGCAGUAGUUCUAUUCGUGUAUAUGUUCUGUAGUAGUACAACUAUUACAGGUCUAUCUAAUACGACCAACAUCAGCCCAUCUCUUCAUUAUAAUUAAGUAAUUACCUACAUUUUGUUCUCCCAGGCUAUUGUACAAGCAGCCCAGUGUCUUGGUGGGGUAAGCAGCAUUUUUAUCUUAUGUUAAAGACAUAUUAGCUGACAAACUAUACUGUUAGUGUCUGACACAUCAGUGUGGGGAAGUGUAGCCUAAUAUACCACACCUUGAAACAAAGGUCCUUUAAUUGCCAGUACAAUAGUGAAAUAUUGAGGUCAUAUCAUGGCUCUGGUCAGUACAACACAGUCAGGCUGGACCUUGUUCUGUUUCUCUAGACGUACUGAUGUGGUGGCAGUGACCCCAUGGUUGGCGCCCAUCGUCUGGGAAGGCACCUUUGACCCUGUGCUCGUCGACAAUAUAUUCAAGCCCAUGAACCUCACCAUAGCAACCACAGUGUUUGCCGUUGGAAAGUGAGUACAACUUUUGAAAAAUAUUCAAAAGGGAAAUUGAACUAUCAAUACUUUUGCAACACUGCAACUAUAAGAACAUAAGUACCUGAUGUAAUAAAAUAUAAUGAGUUCAUGAUACAUGCCUUGGAACACGUGAAUAAUUGUACUACUUCAUGUAUUAUCUGCUAGACUGUAUACUGGUCAGAAAGUGGUAUAAUGUCUUAUGCAAAUGAUGAUGCAGUUAGGGGAAUACCUAGUCAGUUGCACAACUGAAUGCAUUCAACUGAAGUGUGUCUUCCACAUUUAACCCAACCCUUCUGAAUGAGAGAGGUGCGGGGGCUGCUGCCUUAAUGACAUCAUCGGCGCACCGGGAGCAGUUGUUGUUGGGGGUUAACUGCCUUGCUCAAGGGCAGAACAGUAGAUGUUUCCACCUUGGCUCAGUGACCUUUCCGUUACUGGCCCAACGCUCUUAACCGCUAGGCUACCUGCUGCUCCAUCAAUUACAGAGGGUUGCUGGCAUCAAAAUCUCAGCUGCGAACUACUGCCGUUGUGUCCUUGAGCAAGGCACUUAUUAAUCCUUAUGUUAUGUAUGUCUUUAAAUACUGACAGAUACGUCAGCUUUCUCCAAGAUUUUCUGGAGACAGCGGAGAAGCACUUCAUGGUCGGCUUCAACGUGCGCUACUAUGUUUUCACUGAUCGUCCACACGAUGUUCCUUCAGUGAACCUAACUCAGGGGAUACAUUUGAGUGUGAUCAAGGUCCCAGGUUCAAACCGCUGGCAGGAGAUAUCAGCCCGGAGGAUGGAGAUCAUCCAGACCACCAUCGAACGUCAGAUCAGCAGGGAGGCCGACUACAUCUUCUAUCUGGACGUGGACAGCAAGUUCCACGCUUGUUGGGGGGCCGAGUCUCUUGGAAGGCUGGUUGCUGUGAUACACCCAGGCUACUAUGAGCAGACCCGUGACCGCUUCCCAUACGAACGGCGUCCAGCCUCGACGGCCUACAUCCCCAUGGAUGAGGGUGACUACUACUAUGGCGGGGCUAUGAUCGGAGGGUUCGUGGAGGAUGUGUACACACUAACAAAGGUAUGUCGGAACCGGUUUGAGGAGGAUGCGGGGAAUUCCAUCGAGGCAGCCUGGCAGGAGGAGAGCCACCUCAACAGGUAUCUGCUCUACAACAAGCCCAGCAAGGUGUUGUCUCCAGAGUACCUGUGGCAGGACUUCAAGGCCAAAACCAAAGAGGUCAAAGUCAUUCGCUUCUCAGGGGUCAUUAAAAACUAUGCUGAAAUUCGUCCCAAUGUAUAAAACUAGGAAGUGGAUAUUCGACCGGCAGAAGAAAAACUGAAUUUAGUCAUAGCGCUAAAAAUUAAUUGAGGUUAAGGUUAGGUUUAGGAACGAGG